AUGGCUGUAACGGCUUUUGGUCCAGAUCCACUGGACGCAGGUGUUGAUGAGAGAACUCCUUUGAAUACCUCGGCCCUGGACGAGAAUCAUAACACAACCACACCUGACUACAGCAGUAUUGCAAAGGGCCCUGUCAGUGAUGUGCACAGUGGCCAUGGUAGUGAUGAGGAGCGACCGCUGGUCAGCCCAGCUGAGCCGCAUGGCAAUGACGUGAAAGCAUUAACUAGCAUCAGUACCGUCAUCGGCGUGUUGUUGCUAGGCGAGUUCAUUUCAAACGCGGACACGACAUUGGUGAUGGCAACAACGGGCAAAAUCUCCUCCGAAUUCGAUCGACUGCGCGAUGCGAGUUGGCUAGCAACAGCGUAUACUUUGGGCUUAUGCGCCGCUCAGCCAAUGUACGGCAAGCUGAGUGACAUCUACGGUCGCAAGCCACUGCUUCUCUGGGCGUAUGUUUUCUUCGGCAUUGGAUGCGUGAUCAGUGGUAUCGGUCGGGGAAUGGGAACAGUCAUCUUGGGGCGAGCGAUCAGUGGUAUUGGCGGUGCUGGGACAAUGGCAAUGGGUUCGAUCAUUAUCACGGAUAUUGUUCCGCGACGAGACGUCGCCCACUGGCGUGCGUACAUUAACAUCGCAAUGACUCUGGGUCGUAGCGCAGGAGGUCCGAUCGGUGGAUGGCUGACGGACACCAUUGGGUGGAGAUGGUCGUUUCUUCUCCAGGGACCACUGUCCGCCGUCGCUGCCUUGCUGGUUAUAUGGAAACUCAAGCUCAGCAGUCCAGCCACCGAGAAAAGUAUCCGUCGUGUCGACUUUCUAGGGACGUUCCUCCUCGCCAUCGGCAUCGUCACAACCACUGUCAUUCUCGAUCAAGCUGGACAGUCCUUCGCAUGGGCAUCUCUGUCCACAGCGAUCUUGGCCACUAUCAGUGCGUCGGCAUUCGUCGCCUUUAUCCUCGUCGAGCUCUAUGUAGCUCCCGAACCGAUCUUCGAACUUCGCAUUUUGCGUAAGCCAAAUGUGACACCCAGCUAUCUCAUUGGGGCGCUGCAGAUAACCGCUCAAGUUGGAAUGAUGUUCUCUGUACCUUUGUAUUUCCAGGUCACGUCGCAAGCCUCAGCCACCGUGGCUGGAGGGCAUCUCGUCCCAGCGGUGAUCGGUAACACUCUGGGUGGUCUGAUUGCGGGCGCCUUCAUCCGUCGCACUGGGCAUUUCAAGGUGCUCUUGAUUGUGGCCGGUCUUGUUGCGUCAAUCGCAUACUUGCUGCUGUUCCUCCGUUGGAACGGUCACACUGGCUUUUGGGAAUCCUUGUACAUCAUCCCCGGCGGUCUGGGCACUGGUUUCGCCUCUGCUUCGGCUUUUGUCAGCAUGACAGCGUUCCUGUUGCCGCAGGAGGUGGCCAUGGCUACGGGAGGUUACUUUCUUUUAUUUAGCUUUGCCAUGACCGCAGGUGUGACAGUGACAAACAGCGUACUGGGGAUGGUGUUCAAGCGCCAGAUGGAGCAGCAUUUGACGGGCCCUGGAGCCAAGAAGAUCAUUGAACGAGCUCUUUCCGACACGAGCUACAUCAACGGUCUUGAAGGACACGUGCGAGAGAUUGUGGUUAAGGGAUAUGUUGCUGGCCUGCGCUAUACAUACCUGUUCUCCCUCAUCCUUUCACUCCUUGGAUCGGUCAUUGGCUGGACGGUGCGAAAGCACCAAUUGUGA